AUGGCUGAUGAUCCACAAGAUGUAGCUGAUAGGGAACGCAUUUUCAAGCAUUUUGAUUCCAAUGGUGAUGGCCGAAUCUCUUCACAAGAGCUUGGUGAAGCCCUUAAAGCACUUGGAUCAGUGACCCCAGAUGAGGUGCAACAUAUGAUGGAUGAAAUUGACACAGAUGGUGAUGGCUUCAUUUCACAUGAAGAGUUUACAGAUUUUGCACGAGCCAACUGUGGUCUUGUGAGGGAUGUUCGUGAUGUUGGCCUCUUUGGGGUUUAG